AUGAAGAGUGGAGAAAUCAUAUCAAAAUAUUAUAGCAAGCAUGACAAAGCAGAUCAAAAGAGGACGGUGCGUCGGAGUAAGCCGGUGGCUGGCUCGUGUUCGCGGUGCGGACACGGUGCUAAAGUGGCUGAGAUGUAUACAUCAACUAGAUUUUGUUCUAUUCCACUGUAUACCAAGUCUUGGAAGGCUAUUGUUUGUAGUUUUUGUGGUGCCAUUCUCAAAUCCUAUACAUAAACUCAUAACAAUAGGUGAUGGGUGAUUAGUUAUAUUCCCUUUUUCUCGAGGUUGCGGAGGUAAAAUAGAUCGAUGAAGGAUGAUUAGUUAAACACCUUCUGAUAGAAAAAGAAGAUAGUAUGUAUAUCAUGUAUAUAGGUAAAGUAUUAGUCAUGAUUUGCAUGCAAAUAUUUUGAAAUA